CGAGGCUGGGGCUCGCGAUCAAAAUGGCGGCGGCCGAAGCGGGACUAGGGCUGGAAAGGAGCGAGUGAUGCUGAGCCGGAGGGAUGGCGGCGGCGAGCGGCUGCCGGAGAAAUGGAGGAACAGAAUGCUGGACCUGGGACUCAAGAUUUAUAAAGGAUUAUGGGAUUAUACAUUGAAGAGCCAGCAGGCGGAAUGCCUGAGUGACUGAAGAAAAUGGGUGCUAAUGCAUCUAACUACCCUCACUCGUGUUCCCCAAGGGUAGGGGGAAAUUCACAGGCACAACAGACAUUCAUAGGGACAUCAUCUUACUCUCAUCAAGGUUAUGGCUGUGAAUCAAAGCUCUAUAGCCUUGACCAUGGCCAUGAGAAACCUCAAGACAAGAAAAAGAAAACCUCUGGCCUUGCCACCCUCAAAAAGAAAUUCAUUAAGCGUCGGAAGUCUAGCAGGUCUGCUGACCAUGCGAAGCAGAUGCGCGAGCUCCUCUCAGGCUGGGAUGUCAGAGAUGUUAAUGCAUUAGUAGAAGAAUAUGAGGGGACGUCAGCCUUAAAGGAACUUUAUCUGCAAGCUAAUUUAGCAAGACCAGAAGCCAGAACGCUACAAAAAGACAUGGCUGAACUUUAUCAGUACAAAUAUUGCACUGAUGUAGACUUAAUAUUUCAAGAAACUUGUUUUCCUGUGCAUCGUGCGAUACUAGCAGCAAGAUGUCCAUUUUUUAAAACGCUGCUUUCUUCCUCACCAGAGUAUGGAGCAGAAAUAAUAAUGGAUAUUAACACAGCUGGCAUAGAUAUGCCCAUGUUUUCUGCUUUGUUACACUACCUUUAUACAGGCGAGUUUGGAAUGGAGGAUUCAAGAUUCCAGAAUGUUGAUAUCCUUGUGCAGCUUAGUGAAGAAUUUGGAACACCAAAUUCAUUAGAUGUUGACAUGCGUGCACUCUUUGAUUACAUGUGCUACUACGAUGUGGUUCUUAGCUUUUCAUCCAACUCUGACUUAGUUGAAACUUUUGGUGGAAGUCAGAACUGUCUAGAUGAAGAGCUCAGAGCUCACAAAGCUGUUAUUUCAUCACGAUCUCCAUUUUUUCGUCACCUGCUGCAGAGGAGGAUAAGAACUGGUGAAGAAAUCACAGACCGAACUCUACGAACUCCAACUAGAAUUAUAUUGGAUGAAUCUAUCAUACCAAAAAAAUAUGCUAAGGUCAUUUUGAACUGUAUGUAUACAGAUGUGGUGGACCUCUCAGUUUUGCACUCCAGUCCUUCAGUGGGCAGUUUAAGUGAAGUUCAAGCUCUUGUAGCAGGAAAAGUAAACAUGACUAGGGCUGAAGAAGCUAUGGAGCUUUAUCACAUAGCACUGUUCUUGGAGUUCAACAUGCUUGCACAAGGCUGUGAAGAUAUUAUUGCAGAGAGCAUCUCACUAGACACCUUAAUUGCCAUUCUGAAGUGGAGCUCUCAGCCAUAUGGUUCCAAGUGGGUACAUCGCCAAGCGCUACAUUUCCUCUGUGAGGAGUUUACCCAGGUCAUGACUUCAGAUAUCUUCUAUGAACUCAGUAAGGACCACCUGCUGACAGCUAUCCAGUCUGACUAUUUACAGGCAAGUGAACAAGAUAUUCUUAAAUAUCUGAUUAAAUGGGGAGAACACCAGUUGAUGAAGAGAAUAGCAGAUCGAGAACCAAAUUUACUCAGUGGUACUGCUCACAGUGUGAACAAAAGAGGUGUGAAGAGGCGAGAUCUUGACAUCGAAGAGCUGAGAGAGAUCCUGUCUCCGCUUUUACCUUUUGUCCGCAUUGAGCACAUCUUACCCAUGAAUAGUGAAGUACUGAGUGAUGCAAUGAAGAGAGGCCUGAUUAGUACUCCUCCUUCAGACAUGCUACCAACAUCAGAAGGUGGAAAAUCAAAUGCCUGGCUGCGGCAAAAAAAUGCUGGAAUAUAUGUGCGGCCAAGACUGUUCUCACCAUAUGUGGAGGAGGCAAAGAUCUUGAUGAAAUUCCACCGGAAACAAAGCAGCGUUCUGAGGGAAACCUCCCUGGUUUCCAGCCAGUUUGCCGGCCCAGCUCCUCGGCAGCCCUCCUGGCAGGCGGAUGGCAAGUCAGUUCUGGAUGAGAUGAUGGUGGAACAAACAGAUCUUGUUCGUUUGCGGAUGGUCCGAAUGUCCAAUGUGCCCGACACCCUUUACAUGGUGAACAAUGCAGUGCCGCAGUGCUGUCAUAUGAUUACCCACCAGCAAGUUAGCACUAACCAGUCCAGUCCUCCUUCAGUGAUAGCCAACGAGAUCCCAGUUCCCAGUCUCCUCACUGUGAAGGAGAUGAUCAGACGGCUGCAGGAGCUGCGCCACACGGAGCAGGUGCAGCGGGCAUAUGCUCUGAACUGCGGUGAAGGCGCCACAGUCAGCUAUGAGAUUCAGAUACGUGUGCUGCGGGAGUUCGGGCUCUCUGAUGCUGCUGCUGAGCUUCUGCAGAAUCCUCACAAAUUCUUUCCUGAUGAGCGAUUUGGGGACGAAAGCCCGCUCCUGACAAUGAGACAGUCUGGACGGUGCCGUGUUAACAGCACUCCUACUGCAGAAACCAUGUUUACAGAACUGGACUCUUUUGUGGCCUUCCAUCCACCAUUGCCUCCUCCUCCACCUCCAUACCACCCACCAGCAACUCCUAUUCAUAACCAGUUCAAAGUGGGCUGGAAACAAAGGGUGCCAAGUCAACAUCCCUCCCGUUCCUUUUCCUACCCAUGUAACCACUCGCUGUUCCACUCCCGACCUGCCCCCAAGCCUGUGCCACCCGUUUACUUGCCCAGUGUGAAGGCAGCGCCACCAGAUUGCACAAACACUACAGGUCUGGGGAGGCAGACGGUGGCUGCAGCUGCGGCGGUGAUGGCAACUGAGAAGCAAGUAUGUACUCAGCCCUUGCUAAAUGAACUGAUGCCAGAUAUUGCAAUGGGUGUGUCAGCAAUGUCUCUAAAAGACAGAAGAUUACCAGAGCUCACAGUUGACACGGAGAUAAGCCAGACGGUUACAGAGGUGGGGCCCAGUCCAUCCCAGCACAUUUCAUGUAUUCAGAACAGACACAUGCCCACCUCGAGGAAGAAACAUGCAAUAGAGCAAAAAAUAGAUGCCCGAGAAAAUCAGCAGGAAUAUCCUGACUUCUAUGACUUCUCUAAUGCUGCAUGCAGACCCUCUACUCCAGCACCCAACAGGCACAGUCCUUCACCUUCACAAGGCAUAUAUUUUGGCCCAGAUUUGUACAGCCACAAUAAGGCAUCACCAAGUGGCUUAAAAUCAGCCUACCUACCCUCCCAGAUAUCUCCUAAAAAGCAAGAGGAUUCUCGGAAGGAAUAUGUGGUCUCCCAAGAUGGGCAUCAGCAUAGACAAAAGAAUGAGCCAAUACACCUCGAUGUCUUAGAGCAGCCUCCCCAGCGACUGGACUUGGCGUUGGCUACCCAGGAAAGUGCUGGUAAUGGCCCAGUUCACAUCAGGGGAAGAACAAAGAUGGAAACCGACCUAACCUAUGGGCUAACCUCCAGCAGACCUCCGCUCUCCACAUAUGCCUCUGAUGGGCAAGAAGAGAGACCCAGCAGGAGACUGGCAGAUGAUGAGCCAUUGGAACAUGGAGCACAGAGGAACACAGAUCUGGAAAGGGAAGAUGCAGUAAGCCGAGGAAGGAGGUCUCCAAGCAAACCAGACUUCCUGUAUAAAAAGUCUGCCCUGUGAAAGCAACCUCCACUAUUUCUCUGUGCCUAAGAGUUGUAAACAUCCCAUUCUUUGCAACUUCUGGCCUGACUUCUGUCAGACAAGUUCAGUCACGCCAGCAGAUAAAUUCAGCUUCACUCACUUCUUUUGUACAUACCAUUGCUUUAGAGAGGGCAUGUUAUCAGUCUGGGUUUAAUGCUGCUUCUGGUUUCAUUUUGUGGGAAUUUCUUUUUUUGAGCAAAUUUCAGCCUUUUAGGGGGAAAAAAAAAGAGCUGGUACCUUUUUUGUACAACCUGGUAGCCUUUUGCACCUGUACAUCUAUUUUAGUGUAUUGGUUUUGUACUAAUAUGUUAAACUUUAUUGUCACGUUUAAAGGACUGUAUUUUCAUACUUUUGCAUUUUCCUUCUCACCUGCCAAUUCCCGAUGUGCAUUGGGUUGCACAUGAUGAAAUGUAUUUUCUUAUGAGAUAGUAACAAUGUGUUUAUUUUUUAAUUAUAGGAAUUCCAAAGAACAGCACAUCAAAAUACUCCAUUUUCAGUUAGAUUUCUUCAUUUGUUUGUUUAGAUCUGAAAUAAUCCUGAUUUUUACCACUAUGGCAAGAACCUAGUCUAAGGUUUUGUUUGGAAAGUUCUGGCAGCUCAUUUCAAGAGUUACUUUGGGGUUUUUAAGAGCUUUGGGAUUAUGGAGUCCAGAUUCCAGUGAAAUUAAGUGGGAUCUGACAGCCUGAUUCCAUUUGCUUUCUGUUUCGGUUGUGACCAUGGGGAACUCCAUGAUCACCCAGAAACACUUACUAGACCAGAAUUGUUCAUUUGCCCAUGCAGAAAUGAAUCCAGAAGUACUGUAAAAAGCGAUAGUAAUAACUUGUUCUUCCAGCUACUCAUACGUGGGGGUAAGUGAAGACCGGAGCGGAGGAUUCAUGCUGACUCCUUGAGUGUCAGGAAGAUGAGGCAUACAGCCUUUGCUGUUGCCUAAGCAGUGACCCUCUGAGUGAGAGGGUUCCCUUUUCCACAGAGGUACCAAGGUAGCUGCUUGUUGCCUUGCUUCCUGCUGCCUGUGAUUAACAAAGGGCUUCACUCUUAGUGAUGUGGUUCAGUGUUCUUACCUGAUAUGAAGUGUUGCUGACUUCUUAAUCAUAGCUGUUCUGUGAGCAAAAUCAAAGUGAAGAGCAAGUGCUCUAGCAUAAUGAAACAUGCAAAGUUUUAGUGCUCUUAAAUUACAUUCCCAUUUCCUGACUUUGAUUUUUUGAAGCACAGAAAUGAGGUUCAUCUUUUAACAUGGUAUGAAGAGGGAAUGAGAGUGAUCUGGGCUGGCUCCCUGCCAUAGGUUGGGGUUGAGCAGUGCUCUGGGUGUAACGGUUAUAAUUAAGUGCAUCCUUGAUACUUACUGUGUAGUUUUACCACAGAUUCGUUGCAUGUAGGAUAGGGAUCUGGUGCCACUGCAGUGUAGUGAUUAGUGGUAAUGGCCUGCUAGGGUUUGUUUUUUUUAGUGCAGUUUCUAUAAUGAAAAUUUUCCCAGUAGUAGAAAACUUUAAUCCCAGGUUUGACCUACAGCCUACUUCAAGGUUAGGUUGUUUCCUGCAGUUCAAAAUGCUUAAUACUAUUUAAACAGAAGUCUUGUUGCAACUGUGGUUUUGGUUGUAGUUGAUGGCAGAUUCUUAACCUAACCUGUUUUGUUCAAGUGUGAGGCCUGGUAACAACACAGUGUUACUGAAAUACUGCAUUUUCACACUACCAAAUAGCUUCUAGAUAAAUGAGAAUAGGGGUUUGACCCAAUAGAUCCUAAUGUCUCUGGUGAUGCAGCUGCAGGCCUCCUCCAAGAGCUUUGCAGAGGCAUCUUUUGAGAUCAGCCACAGGACGUGUGUGUGGUUUGAGGAGGACAUAGCUGAAGUGCGCAGGUGCUGUGUCUGGCGGGUGAGGGGAGAUGCGUUUUUUCUGUUCUGGUUGGGUUGUUUUUUCCCCUCUCAGCGCCUUUUCAAUCUGUUGGGUUUGCACACACUGGGGAUGCUUGGUGGUCCUGGCCUCAUUUGCCAACAUGUGGUAUAUGCAUGGGACUGCAGCGUGGUUAAAUGCAGGAGGUGUCUGUGGGGAGACAGUGCUGCUGCAGGUGAGGGGAUGAGGUUCGCUGGGUUUCUUCUGCAGAUUUGAGCCCAGUGCUGUCCAGCUGCAUAGCUCUGACUGGUGCUUGGGUCUCAUCCUUGCCAGCACUAGAAGCAUUAACUUCCAUCACACACAAACCCUAUAGUCGCUGCAGUUGUGCCAGAUGUAUGUUGGCAUCUUAAUUGCUAAAAAGUCAUACCUGUCCUCAGCAAACUUCCUAUUCCUAGUUUAUUUUUACCUAAACUGGUAGAGGUACUUAGAGAAACCUAUUGUAGCUGCCAUAGUUGGAUGUGGCACUGUGUGCCUCGGCAGAGGUGGGGCUGAAAUCUACAGAGGUAACUUCUCAGCUUGAAAUCUGUGGGGAUGUGGCUGAUGAAGACUGAGUUUUGAGGUUGUGGCUUGAGAGAAAUCAUGAAAUGCUUUGGCUUUGGACUGAGCUGGUAAGAAUUGCCCCUGGGGGGACAUGUCUGCAUUGUAGAAUACCAAUGGCUUCUGAUGUCUCAGAAGCUGACAGUAUUAAAAAGAGAAUAAGGUGUUUAAAAGUAGUUGUGAAACAAAAGACAAGUCCUUCUGAGGCCCCAGAGACAAUCAGGCUAUGUAGACAAUCUGUGUUUUCACUUGUGUAUUUUGAGUUGGGAAGAAGGUGGCAGCUGAUUCAAAGUGGAAAAGAAGGAUUUGUCCAAUUACUGGAAGUGUAUUCUUGUACUCCAGCGUAGGAUUCCCUGCUUAGUUGGACAUGCAGGGGGAGGGGAGAGAGCCCAUCUUCAUUCUUCAUGGAAGUAUUAUUUAGAAGUUAGUGUUUGUACUGCAUCUUGCUCGCAGAACCCACGUACCUGUACUACCUGCUAUUACUUGUUCUCUGCCUACUGAAACUUUGGUGCAGAAGCUCCUUGUUUACAUGAAGCACUUUCUGGUUAGGCUGGAAGUUAACAUCUUUUCCUCCUGUAAAUUUGAUGGAAUAACAGAUUACUGACUAGUUUUGCUUGAGGAUAGAGGUAUGAACAUUAAGUUUUCUUGCAUGAGGAAGACUCAUGCUCCUUGUUCUGUUAAAGAGCAAGCUCAGACUUUCAUUUAGUGAGCAACAUGCAAAAACUUCUUAUUGCCCUUUCCCUGACCCCCUCCUCGUUUCCUUAAUAUAUGGGUGAAUAACUUAAUUCCUGAAACAGAUUCUUCCUUUUAAAUGUUUUGUUGUUCCAUGGAGUUACUGUAGCUGUGUAUUAAUAACUGCUAUGUUGAUUGGCAGUUCCUUGUUGUAUUUUUCCUGUUCUUAGGAGUUUCAUCUCUGAAAGUUAAGGCUGUGGCCACCUGUACCUGUAAGCCUUGGGUUUUGGUCCUGGAAUGUCCCAAAUGUUUGUCUUGGGGGUUUCUUUGGUUUGGGUUUGGGGGAGGAGGGCUGGGAUUUGGGUGUUUAUUUGGAAGGCAUACUCAUGCUGUUUGAGGCACUGUUCUUCCUUCUAACAUUUACUUGUUUCUAUGGUAGAGGGGUGCUGAGCUCUGCAGAGCAUGGGGAACAGCAGGAGGGGAAAUUGUAAAGCCGUGUUGGGUCUCUGUAGUUGCCUGUACUGCCAGAAGGCAGCCCAGCCUUCGGCAGCGUUCCGGUUUUGUUUCCUGUCCUUGUGUUGUUACUGGUAUAAAGUCAAGUGCCUUCAAUGCUAAAGGCUCAGAAAACUUUCUUAAACUGACUUCAUGUCCUAUGCAAGUGUUUUUUCUACAACCUGCAUAACCAGUACUUUGUAAAACUUGUUUACGCUUCAAUUGUACAUAGUGUUUUUUAAAAAAUAUAGUAUUUUUAUUUAGGUACCUCCAAACUUGAAUUCGAGUCUUGUGUGAUGCAUUGUAAAACAAUACAUUUCUCUUUUGAGUACCAUUACAGUUGUAAAAAGGUUUUCACUGGUUCUAUUUUUCUACUGUUGCUGAGAAGCAUGCAACACUGACUUUAUCCUACGUAUAGUUGGCGUUUCAAAUAAAUGGCUUGUAUAGAAUGUG